ACAGGAGCGAGAGAAGCAGAGCAGAGCAGAGGACCAUCCGCCUACAACAUUACACCUCUGCGGACAUCCGAGGCUUAGUAAAGUCCAGAAGAGCUCUGCAUUUUCCAGCUAUAACACUGACCUGUGAGAAGAGCUUUUGGUGGAUGUAAGAGCGCUCAGAGGCAGAAGAAAUGAGCAGAGGAACAGUGAAAGAGCCGCACGGAUGCCAGCGCAACUUCACCCUGAUCAUCGUCAUGCUCGUAGUCAACUGCGGGGCAGAGAUUCCUUCAGACCCAAACGUGGUGGCCGCCUCCAGUUGGAACAUGUCCAGCGGAGCUGAAAGAGAUCACUUUCUAAGGCUGGAUGCUCCAAUGAAUAACAUCACUACCUCCCUCGGACAGACAGCUGAGUUACAUUGCCACGUUUCAGGGAAUCCACCACCCACAGUCCGCUGGCUUAAAAACGAUGCCCCUGUGGUCCAGGAACCGCGGCGUGUCUCUUACCGGCCCACUCCGUACGGCUCCCGACUGAGAAUCCGAAACCUGGACACCACGGACACCGGCUACUUUCAGUGUGUGGCUACCAACACCUAUGGCACAGUAUCUACCACAGGGAUCCUGUUUGUCAAGUUUGAUCCGGCUCCCACCCCUCUGCCUGGAAAGCCUUCACCAGAUGAUUUUGAUGAGGAAGGUUUCUGCCAGCCAUACAGAGGGAUCGCAUGUGCUCGCUUUAUAGGAAACAGGAGUAUCUUCGUGGACUCGCUGCAGAUGCAAGGCGAGAUUGAGACCCAAAUCACAGCGGCGUUCACCAUGAUUGGCACCUCCAAUCACCUGUCAGAUCGCUGCUCCCAGUUUGCUAUCCCGUCCCUGUGCCAUUUUGCCUUCCCGACAUGUGACCGCAGCUCUGGCAUGGACAAACCGCGGGACUUGUGCAAGGACGAGUGUGAGAUUCUGGAGAACGACCUGUGUAAGACAGAGUACAUCAUCGCUCGCUCCAACCCCCUCAUCCUCAAGCGCCUCAAACUGCCCAACUGUGAAGACCUGGCCGCUUCAGACAGUCCCGAGGCUGCCAACUGUAUGAGAAUAGGCAUCCCAAUAGCUGAGACCAUAAAUAAAAGCCACAAAUGUUAUAACAACAGCGGUUCGGAUUUUCGCGGGACAGUCAGCGUGACUAAAUCUGGUCGUCAGUGUCAGCCGUGGAACUCGCAGUAUCCCCACAGCCACACCUUCCUGGCCAUGCGUUACCCAGAGCUCAACGGGGGACAUUCCUACUGUCGCAACCCCGGCAACAAGCACGAAGCUCCCUGGUGCUUCACCCUAGAUGAGCGUGUGCGCAUGGAGCUCUGCGACAUUCCUCCAUGUGAUUUGCCCAAGCAUGGCAGCAGCAGUAUGGGGAUCCUGUACAUCCUGGUACCAAGCGUUGCUAUACCGCUGGCCAUUGCCCUGCUGUUCUUCUUCAUCUGUGUGUGCCGAAACAACCAGAAAGCCUCACGUCCACCAGCCCCACGUCAGCCCAAACCAGUACGCGGCCAGAACGUGGAGAUGUCCAUGCUCACGGCAUACAAACCAAAGAGCAAAGCCAAAGAACUUCCUCUGUCUGCAGUGCGCUUCAUGGAGGAGUUGGGCGAUAGCAACUUUGGUAAGAUCUACAAAGGCCACCUGUACCUGCCAGGCAUGGAGCAAGCUCAGCUAGUUGCCAUAAAAACACUGAAGGACAUCUCAAGUGCACAACAUUGGGGCGAUUUCCAGCAGGAAGCAUCUGUCCUGGCAGAACUUCAUCAUCCCAAUGUGGUUUGUCUCCUGGGUGUCGUGACCCAAGAGCAGCCCGUCUGCAUGCUCUUCGAGUUCCUAGCCCAAGGAGACCUCCACGAGUUCCUCAUCAUGCACUCUCCCCACUCAGAUGUGGGCUGCAGUAGCGACGAAGAUGGUACCGUCAAGUCCAGCCUCGAUCAUGGAGACUUCCUUCACCUGGCCAUUCAAGUCGCAGCUGGGAUGGAGUACCUCGCAAGCCACUUUUACGUCCACAAAGACCUUGCGGCAAGAAACAUCCUGGUUGGUGAGCAACUUCACAUCAAGAUCUCUGAUCUUGGCUUUUCAAGAGAAAUCUACGCUUCAGAUUAUUACCGAGUCCAACCCAAAACGCUCGUUCCUAUUCGCUGGAUGCCACCAGAAGCCAUCAUUUACGGGAAGUACACAACAGACUCUGACAUUUGGGCGUUUGGUGUGGUUCUGUGGGAGAUCUUCAGCUUUGGCCUGCAGCCCUAUUACGGUUUCAGCAACCAGGAAGUGAUGGAGAUGGUGCGGAAGAGGCAGCUGCUGCCCUGCCCAGAGGAUUGCCCUCCUCGCGUGUACGCGCUGAUGACCGAGUGCUGGCAGGAGGGACCCGCUCGACGGCCGAGAUUCAAAGACAUCCAUGCCCGACUACGUGCUUGGGAGGGUCUGUCCUCUCACGCCAGCUCCAGCACACCAUCCGGAGGCAACGCCACCACCCAGACUACCUCUCUGAGCGCCAGCCCCGUCAGCAACCUCAGCAGCCCGCGCUACGCCGGAUACAUCUACGGAGCUCCACAGAGCCUCCCACCGGGACAAAUCGCAGGCUUCAUGGCAGCACCGAUGCCUCAAAACCAGCGUUUUAUACCUGUAAACGGAUACCCUAUCCCAACAGGCUAUGCUGCCUUCCCUGCUGCCCAUUUCGCUGCAACUCAGGGCCCUCCACAGGUGGUGCAGCACUGCCCUCCUCCGAAGAGCCGGUCGCCCAGCAGCGCCAGCGGCUCAACAAGCACGGGUCACGUGACCAGCGUCCCCUCCACAGGCUCCAAUCAUGACGCCAAUACGCCUUUGCUUUCUCAUUGUGUCACUCUGACGCCCAUUACAGCAUUGCCAGGCGGCACAAUGCCAGUGUUUGGACAUAUGGCACAGAAGGUCAUGCAAAUAGACCCGAGUCAGGCGGCGCUGCUGGCUGACACUAACAGACUGAUAUACAGUGAAUCCAUCAUUACUGCCCAUUUGUGAAUACAUGUUUUGUCCUGUAUAUUGAUCUAUUGAAUUAUUGAUAUUUUAAUGUUUUUUCCUUCCUUGUAAAUAUGUAAUAGCCUGAAAAAAAUGCGAAAGUUUAUAUU